AUAUGGCGGGUCACUCCGUGUGUAAACACGCAGCAUGAAUGUGUGCUCGGGCCUUUGUGGCUGUUCUGAAUAUUCUCAAACUUCUCACUCUCCGUGUAAAUAAAUUAACGUAACGGGUGGUGACGAUAUUAACUGCUGGGAGCAAAGUUAACCUCACAGCCGCGACUGGACGCAACAGCGAAGCAGCACAACAGGAUCGCGUUUUCGCUGUAAUGUUUUCAGUGCCAUUGAGACUCAGUUUGAACCACUGUCGAAAGAAACAUUAUCCCAGUAGCACCUACCUGACUUCUCUUUGACAAGGUCAGACAGGUGCACAUUAAACCACCUUUUGUCUGAAUUUGUCACAUACGUAUAAGAAAAGACAGCACUAUUUUGUUGAUAAAAAGAAGAGCCUGGGAGAGUUGUCAGUGAAAUGUCAGAUCCAGGGCCCAGUUCUGAAGGGGGAGGUUUGGGAAGUACAGGGCAGGAGGCAGAAGCUGAUGGAGAGCCUCCUCAAGAAGGUCCCCGGAAUUCACCCUGCUGUGAAGGUCAGCAGAAAAUGGAGGAACAGGACGAAGCGCCUGCUGCCAAGCAGCCGCGCCUUGGUGAAGGAGUGGGUUUGGACCUUGGCUUUUCUAGGACAGCCACAGAAGCAGCGUUGGAUGUUGGUGGAAGUCAAGACAUUGUUUUGAUCACAGACAAAGUUUGCAGUCAUCCAGAGGACAAUGGAAAGACAGCAGGUGAAUCAGAAAAAGGAGAGGAGGAGGAAGAGAGCUUCCAGAAUGGAGGUGAGAACAAAGAGACAAUGGGACAAACUGAGGGAGGAGAGGAUAAGACAGGAGUUGAGUUGGAAAACACCGGUCCAGAAGACACUGCCUGCCAGCCCCAGUACCUUGGCCUAGAUUUCAGUCAGAAUCCCCAGAUGUUGACUGGGUCCUGGGCAGAAUACACUCACUGUCCUGAGAAUUACCUCAAAGGUUGCAAAUGGGCUCCAGAUGGUUCAUGUAUCGUCUCAAACAGUGCAGAUAAUGUGCUGCGUGUUUAUAAUCUCCCGCCUGAGCUCUACAGUGGCAGCUGGGACCUGCUGUCAGAAAUGAGUCCUGUGCUGAGGAUGACUGAGGGAGACACCAUCUACGACUACUGCUGGUUUCCUAAGAUGAGUUCCCUGGGCCCAGACACCUGUUUUAUUGCCAGCAGUAGCCGUGACAACCCAGUCCACAUAUGGGAUGCGUUCUACGGUGACCUUCGUGCAACAUUUCGACCCUACAACCAUCUGGACGAGCUGACGGCGGCCCACUCUCUGUGUUUCUCUCCGGACGGCUCACAGCUCUAUUGUGGUUUCGAGAAGACUGUCAGGGUGUUCUAUACAGAGCGUCCAGGCAGAGACUGUGAGGAGAGACCCACUGUUGUUAAGAAGCAUGGUCAGAGUGGUAUUAUCUCUUGUUUGGCGUUCAGUCCGUCUCAGGCGGUGUAUGUAUGUGGCUCGUAUUCCCGCACGGUGGGGCUGUAUUCGUGUGAAGAUGGCUCGCUGCUUGCCCUUCUGCCCCAGCGCCACCACGGAGGAGUCACCCACCUGCUCUUCUCACCUGAUGGCUAUCAUCUGUACACAGGUGGCCGCAAGGACCCAGAGAUUCUCUGUUGGGAUCUUAGAGAUCCAGGUAGAGUUCUGUUUUCACUGCCCAGAACCAUAAACACUAACCAGCGCAUCUACUUUGACCUGGACCCGUCUGGCAGGUACCUGGUGAGUGGUGACACAGAAGGGAUGAUGUCAGUGUGGGACACGCUUACAGCGCCUCCUGAUGGCAAUGAAGCAGAACUGCAGCCCUUCCUGCAGUUUCAGGCUCACAGGGAUUGCACAAAUGGGAUCAGCAUCCACCCUUUCAUGCCUUUAGUGGCAUCCUGCAGUGGGCAGCGUCAAUUCCCCUGGCCCACUGAGAGCGAUGACUCAGGCUCAGAGGAGGACAGGGUGAUUUCAUCAAACGGCAUCAGAGAGGACAAUGCACUCGUGCUGUGGUGGGCUGGACCGCUGGGCUCAAGCAGUGAAGAGAGCAAGCAGUAACAGCCAAUUGUGCUAGAGAACUAGAGACAUUAACUAUAGCUACUAAACCUCCUCUCUUGCAUUCUAAACCAAAACCUGCAAACUGCCUGUUUUAAUUGAGUAUUGAAUGUUGAGGUGAAUUUCAGGGUUGUAUUAUACUGCCCAUUGUGUUCUUUUUGACCCAAUCCAGGACCACAAACUAAAGAGAGACUUUUAUUGACUAUGGAAAAGCUUUUGGUUCAGUUCAGCUUUCAGCAUUCUGUAGCUUCCAACAGCAACAGAUCAUGCAUAUAAGUGAAAGAUAUAAGUGAAAUGUAAAAGCUCAUUCAAUGAAUGUCUUAAAUUCAAGGCACAACCAGCCCAAAAUCCCCUUUCACUUCUACAGAGUCAUUAGUUCAUUUGGAGUUCAUGAGUUGUCAGAUAUGUUUUAUUUUCUCUGGCUGUAAUGUUCUUCUAAGAAAGGAAUUAGCUGAACUGAACUGUACCGGAAAGGGAUUCAGAUUCUUUCAUCAAUGCUCUUGGUGCGCUCUGGGCUCAAUACUUUUUUUUUUUUUUUUUUUUUAAACCUGCUUUUGACACAGUAAUUAUUUAUAAUUAGGCCAAAACUGUGAACUAUGAUGGCUUUUUCCCUCUUUGAAAAAUAGACCCAAAUAUUUUCCGUGAAUAGAAAAAAGCCAUCCCGUCUCCUUUCUUAAGCGAUUGUGUAGGAGAUAACAAAGGAAGCAGCGAUAUGAGCCAAUACUCUCAGGUCCACAGAUGAACAAACACACAGAGGCAAGCAGAGUUCAUUCUGUCUGUGUACUGUUCUCCUCCACAACUCUAACCUUCUGCUUCUGCUGCUCCAGUGAGCGAAGUCUACAUUUAUUACAUGUGCCAUAGUGCUGCUGUGUGCCAGUAAGAUGCUUAUUUUUGUAAUCCAGUGAUAACUGUACUCUCUGUCUAUGUGUGUGUGUGUGUGUGAGAGAGACACCAAGCUUCUCCUAAUACCUUUACUCUAUUUUAGUUUACUCAAACCCUGUGAGUGUCGAGUCUACAUCGUCUCACAUGUUUACAAGUGUUUUGGAGCUAAGGAGGUAGGUGUUAGACACCUGAUGAUUUGCUUGGUUUAUGUUGGUCACUCUGUAUUUUUAAAGCAGACAAACGGUGGAUCCAAAUGUUUCAGCCUCACCGAACAUGCUCUUUGCAGGAUGCCAACUAAUGUUUGCAGAUUGUAGUUAAUCUCGUAAUGUGGCAUAUUUUCAUUCAAGUGCUUUAAUGAAGCUUUUUGUGCAGCUCUUCUUUUCUGAAUGCAGUUGCUAAUUAGUUGAUCUGAGAUCAGUUGUGUGAUUUCCAAUUCUGUUUUUUUUUUUAAAGAUGUGCUGUGUAAAAAUGUGUAUUGUUGUGACAAAUCGUGAUUGUUUGCAGAUUACAGUUUUCCUCCAAGGACUUAAUGAAUGCCGCAAACUGUUCAUGCAUUUUUAAAUUCUCAAAAUUUUAUAUCUGAAAUGUUUGACCUUAAGCUGCAGUUACUGGCCCCAGAUCAAUAUUACAUGGCAACCGUUAUGAACUCCACCUUGUCUUGAUGCUGGUCAGUCAGUGAAGUUCCAGACUGUCUACUAGGAGGAGGAGUCAAACUUUGAAACAUGAAUCCUCAGCCAAUAAACUUCAUAUGCAUUCGG